CAAAAUGGCUAAAGACUUCAUUAUGGAGUACAGGAAGGAAGUGAAGGCCGUGUCCUCGCAGAUACAGAUCCCGCCGCUUAUGUACGACGAGAACGACCGGCCGUAUAUGACAGCCAAAGGAAUGCGAAAGUAUUGUAUCGCGAAUGUGGUGGUGCGCGGGAACGGCACCGGGAAAGUAGAUAUUAAUGGCCAAAAUUUGCUAUACUUUGAGUUCAUGCAGGACAGAGAGCAGGUGAUGUCUCCGCUCACCUUCACGGGUCUGUUGUUCAAAGUGGACAUCGAGUGUAAGACAAUGCACGAGGAGAUGACCAAAGAGUGGAGCCGCGACUCGCCGCCCAUCGGCUCAAAGGUGGGCCCCGGGAACACGUGGCGUGAGUUGGGAACCACCGCCCAGGCCGGCGCCAUACGGUUAGCCCUAUCGCUGGCGCUCAGGAGUUUUGUCGACGAAAAGAUGGUCGAGAAGAUGAGAUUAGCCGGUUUAUUAACACAAGAUGUGCGGCGCCGGGAGCGCAAGAAGUGGGGACAGGAGGGCGCCCGCAGGAAGUAUACCUGGAAAAAGAGAUAAUUUUGUAGUCAUUUCAUUACACAUGUAUUUAUAGAGAAAUUAUGCAAAAAUUUUAAAUUAAUAAACAAAUGAUUGUAGAAAAUAA